CAAAUCCCGUUACCAGGAGACGGGAGUUCUAGAACGCGCCGUGGGACUUUGCAGAGUUCUUCGCAUUCUCGCACACUUCUUCGGACAUUUUACCGUUUUCCCCCUUUCUGACGUGGUUUCUUCCUUGCAAAUGCCGCAGCGCGGGUUUUUGGGCAUAUCUCCAUCGAACUCAUUACAUCUCUCACACGCGGCUUGUGUACUCAAAUAUGCAAAGAAACAACAAGGACUGUCUUCUCAAUGAGAUUAUUUGUCACCUCUCUCUCUCUCUCUCUCUAUGUAUGGAGAUGGCGCCCCGAAACGCAUCGGUGGCCCGCCCCUCAGAAUCAGACCCGCCAAUACGGCUCCGGGCAUCGGGCAUGCGUUACCCCAUACAGCAACGGAAAGCCGACGGUAUGGUACACACAAACACUGUCACAAAGGCACGGCAAAUACAAGGCUACGUUUCUCGGGUUGUAAAACAUCAUCGCCACCCCAAUCCUCAAUGCCUAUAUCCGUGUAUGCCGUAUGCCGUAUGCCGCCGCCGAUCAACCAUAUCUACCUUGUGUGGGUUGAGCUACAGGGUAGAUCCCUUCCCUAACCCCCCUCCCCCAAACUUCAAGGUUUGGACCCAAAUCGAUGGGACAGAGAACAACAUGAACCACUCAUCUCCUCCCCGGAGCUCCGCGAUGACCCCCUCUCUCUCUCUGUCAAGGUACCGAGGCUUACACAAAAACCAAACAACGAAAUGCCGGUUCAGCUCAACGAUGGCAAAUUGAAGUAGGGUUCCAAACAAAUUGAUAGAUCUAGGCCGCCUGCGCUAGAGGCGGGACGGAGGGAAAGUGAGUGUGGCAAGCGCCACCCCUCGUCUCACAGCUUCAUCUCUUCAAUGCCUCGGCCGAAGACAAAGCAGAGGAGGGAAUCAGGGAAAACCCGAGACAAUUCCCAUUCCCCCCCUCCCUCUCCUGAUGAACACGUGGUGUGACCUGGGCGUGC